AUGGCAAUCACCGAGUCUGUGUCCACCCCGAUCGCGGGCCUGGCUUCGCCCAACCACACGCCAAACAGACCCGCCAUGCUUCCGAAUGUGUCAAACGUCGUGCUGGGCAGUUUGCACGUCAAGCCGUGGUACCCGUCUUUCUACCCGGAAGACAUGAUUGGCGGACGGCGUGCCGACUGGCUCUAUGUCUGUCAGUGGUGCUUCAAGUACACGCCGGAGAUUAUGAAGUUCAGCGCGCAUUGUAAAGUGUGUCCGUUGCAGGAUGAACCUCCGCCCGGCGAUGUAGUCUACGAGAAAGAUGGCUAUGCGAUCCACCAAAUUGACGGCGAAGAACACAAGCUCUACGCGCAAAAUCUCUCGCUCUUCGCCAAGCUCUUCCUCGAAACCAAGUCUGUCUUUUUCGACGCCAGCACCUUCCUCUACUACACCCUCGUGUUACAAGAUUCGAGCGGCAACCCGCACGGCCAAGUCAUCGGCUUCUUCAGUAAGGAGAAAAUGAGCUGGGAUAACAAUAACGUCGCCUGCAUUCUCGUGUUCCCACCAUGGCAGAGAAGGGGACUCGGACAAAUACUCAUUGCCGCUUCUUAUGAGCUCGGCAGACAAGAAGGCCGGUUUGGAGGGCCGGAGAGGCCACUCUCUACGCUGGGUAGGCGGGGCUAUCUUUCGUACUGGUGUGGGGAAGUUGUCAGGAAUGUUCUGCAGGCUCCGCUCAAGAAAGUCCUCACUGUCAAGGAUAUCAGUGAUGGCACGUGGAUACUGCCCGAGGACGUGGUGGCCGCGUUGAAGGAGAUGGAUGUCGUGGAGAAGAGGAAGACCGCCGCGGGAAACAUUGUCAUCAACAAGAGCAAGGUCAAGGCUUGGGCGGAGAAGAACGACAUUGCGGAGCUCCCGCUGAUUGAUGUCGAUGCUUUUGUGAAGGAGGAGGAGAUCGUCUACGAAGAGUAUGAAUGA